CUCUGUACAAAGUCAGAGAAAAGUCAGAAGAAGAAGAAGAAGAGAAGAGAGUCAGAGACGACGGACGAAACGACGCGAUUCUUAGGGUUUCUUCGAUCGUCGAUUUGAUUUUUUCCCUUUCUCUCUUCUUAUUUUCUCGAUUGAAGAAGAAGAUAAAGCAUCGAUACAUGGCUGAUUGAUAAGAGUUUUCUCCGGAGGUUCGGAGUUUUUUUUUAGGAAGGAAACAGAAAAAAGAUGGCAGUCUCUUUUCCUCGUCUUCCGAGGUGGUUGUGUGGUGGUAACAGUAAAGAGAGAGAGAAGAAAGAGUCAAUGUCUAAAGGAUCUUCUUCACUGAGUCCUUCACUGAAGAAGACUACUACUAAGACUGGUUCUUCCUCUUCAUCGGUGAAGAAGACCAAGAGAGGAUGGAUUGGAAGAGGAGGAUCAGGAUCAGGAGAAGAGGAUAAGAUGGGGAAUGUGGUGUUUCCUGAACCAGAUGAUCCAGAGUGGUCAAUUGGUUGGGUUGAGCCACAUGGACCAGGUUUUAAAACUGAGGAAGCUGAUUGUGGUGGGUUUGUGGUUUUGGUUCCUCUUUACAAGAAAGUGUUGGAUGGUUCAGGGAAUCAGAUUCCGAAUGGCUUUUUCUCUCCUGCUGCUCCUGAUGGGAAGAACAUGGAACAGUGGCUGUCGUCUAUGGGGAAGCUAUAAACCGGAGAUUGGGAAGAAUAAGACUAUUUCUCUGUUGGUUCAGUAUCAGAAUUAAGAAUCGAAUAAUCU